GGCGCCCCUGACCUCGCGGGGUUCACUUCCGGGGGUCGCGCAGCCCGGCUCUCCAGGCUGGGCUGUGCGCCCUCGUGUGUGCUGGGCGGCCGCCUCCCUGCGAUCGGCCCGGCGGGACCCACCCGAACCGAGCCGCGGAGCCCGCUCCAGCCCGGCCAUGAGCGCGGCCGCAUGAUGCGACCCUGCCUCGGCUGGUGCAGUCGCCGCCGCCGCAGGCCGGGAGGAGCCGCAGCGCCGGGCGACCCCGCCCGGGCCUCGGAUCCUGUCACAUAGGACACUAUGCACCUUAAGAUCCUGAAGAAGAGGCGCAAGAUGUUCAAGUGACGUUUAGAGAUCAUUUGUGAGGGUGCGCCAGGGAAAUCAUGCCGUCAUCAGGACACCGGCUCCGGGAUGUCGAACAUCAUCCUCUCCUGGCUGAAAAUGACAGUUACGACUCUUCGUCCUCUUCUUCGUCGGAGGCUGACGUGGCUGACAGGGUCUGGUUCAUCCGCGACGGCUGCGGCAUGAUCUGUGCCGUCAUGACGUGGCUCCUGGUCGUCUAUGCGGACUUUGUGGUGACAUUCGUCAUGCUGCUGCCUUCCAAAGACUUCUGGUACUCUGUGGUCAACGGAGUCCUGUUUAACUGCCUCGCGGUGCUGGCCCUGUCGUCCCACCUGAGAACCAUGCUCACCGACCCUGGGGCGGUACCCAAAGGAAAUGCUACUAAAGAGUACAUGGAGAGUUUGCAGCUGAAGCCUGGAGAGGUCAUCUACAAAUGCCCAAAGUGCUGCUGCAUCAAGCCCGAGCGCGCCCACCACUGCAGUAUUUGCAAAAGAUGUAUUCGGAAAAUGGAUCAUCACUGCCCGUGGGUGAACAACUGUGUAGGAGAAAAGAAUCAGAGAUUUUUUGUGCUCUUCACUAUGUACAUAGCUCUGUCCUCAGUCCACGCUCUGAUCCUCUGUGGACUCCAGUUCGUGUCCUGUGUCCGAGGGCAGUGGACUGAAUGCAGUGACUUCUCACCUCCGGUGACUGUAAUCCUGUUGAUCUUCCUGUGCCUUGAGAGUCUUCUGUUUUUCACUUUCACUGCAGUUAUGUUUGGCACCCAGAUCCACUCCAUAUGCAACGAUGAAACGGAGAUCGAGAGGCUGAAGAGUGAGAAGCCGACGUGGGAGCGGAGACUGCGAUGGGAGGGGAUGCGGUCUGUCUUCGGAGGGCCCCCCUCCCUCCUCUGGAUGAACCCCUUUGUCGGCUUCCGGUUUGGGCGGCUGCAGACCAGACCCAGGAAAGGGGGCCCAGAGUUCUCUGUCUGAGGCCUCAUCAUGCCGGAACUUGUCAACAGACUUUAAGUUAUUUAUUUGGGGUCUGAAAGGGUAUCAGCAGCUCGCCUGUGAUCAUGAGGGCAGACGAAACCUACACAGACCCGCUGCUUGCAGCAAGCAGAGUUUUCUAUAUUUAUAAUCACAGAUUGCAGAAUUUCGAAACCAGUGACGGGGGGACGCUCUGGCCAGUUUUCGCCUGUAUGACUAACGAGAGGUACGUGGCCACGUGAAGAAGCCAAAUGUCAUUAUCUUCCUGCACAGUUAGGAUUUUUGUUAAGAACACUUCGCGUUUUCUAAGAAGUUGUGUGGGAUAUUCCAUGGGUGAUUAAAAUCCUGUGUAUUAAGCUGCUUUUUUCAAACAUGAAGAAAAAAAAGUCAAUCCAGUGAAUAAGAAUUCUCCAGCUAAUGGUUUCAGGGUGUUCCUGUUGACCCUGGGCUUCGUUAGUGCACUCCCUCGAGCAAGAAGGGGCGUUUACAUAGAAACACAUUUUGGUCUCAGUGAGCUCUGACACUUUGCACUGAAUGUGCAAAAGAUCUGUGCACUGAACAGUGAAGGUGGCUUUAGGUUCACUCCCACUGCCCUGGAAGAGGGGUGCUUUGACCCUUGCAGCAAGUCUGUGUGUGUGUGUGUGUGUGUGUGUGUCUGUGCGUGUCUGCGAGUGUGUGUGUGCGUGUGCAUGUGUGCUUUAAAAUUGGCAGCGUUGUUUAGGUGACAUAACAGGUAAUAGCUGCGUGCAGCCAACGAGCUGUUUUUUUAGAAACCGACGUUUCAGGGAAGAGGGGAGAGCUGCCACGGGACAAGGCCCCGUGGGGUUUACUAUGAAUGUAUUGCAUUUUGGGGAAUAUCUUGAUCCAAAGAACAACCACUCCUGUGUGGUCCUUCGUUGCCCUCCUGUUUUAACUUUCUUUUAAAGAUCUUGGGUGCGUGAGGGCCUUGGAACGGACGUGGUUUUUUCCCAGCCAAGUCAGCAGUGUACAGACGGCACCUCAGUGAGAGAACAGUGAAGGCUCGUGGUGGCCUAAUACUUUGUGCAGCUGGAUGUCGUUUUGGGUGUGGAGGAGGACGGGCCUGGCCACAGUGAAUCGCAGAGAGAGACAGCUGUGGGCCUCUGGGCGUCACUGAGAAUGUGAGGGGACCCCAAGGCAGAGCCCCUGGACUCUGAGCCUCACUCACUUGCAGAGAGUAUUCAGGAUGUCAACAGCUUUAUUUUUUGUAUCAUUUAUGUUUCUCUACCCACGUCACAAGCGAUAAAACAGGACCUUUGGUGCAGCGCUUAAAAUGCUAUCAGAAAGCAAACAGCUCCCCUCCUUGGGGACUCGCCUUAAACUUGGCCUGGUCUGUACCUGUUCUGCGGGACUCGUGAGGAAGCGAUCCAUGACACAGUCCAAGUCUCUCUUGCGAGCCUGCCUGCACGCUGAGAAGAGUUGGUGUUUCCUUCCUGGCUUUGACGCCUUUCCGUUCAUCUGUGAACUGUUCUGUUUCUGUGGGAAUUAAUCCGUAUCCUCUCCUAAUCAGGGCUUCUGCCACUGCUGAUGCAGAUCCCCAGGGGGACCUACCCGAGAUACAGCUGUUGCCAGGUGAGCAAAGCUGGGGGGGAUGUCUUGGAAAUGGACCGAGUCUCUGCACACAUGUGUGAGCCAUGGGGGAGGGGCCGUGUCCCUGCCAGAGGGACAGGCCCGAGGGGGACCGGACACGACGAGUGUCCAGAGGUCGUGUUGCAUAUUCAUUUGCACAUCUGUUGUCUGGGGUGGACUUGUGUGUUUGGCUUCAGUGUGAGGCUUUUAAAAUGUAUACCUGUUUAUCAAUAAAAACAUGGUCGAAGUGGUUGAA